AUCCACGAUACGCACAUCAGACCAACGGUUCUCGAUCACCGAUUCAGAGACUGGUGCAUCAGGACCCUAAUAUCGUUCUCAUGCAUCAGGACAUCAUAAUUCCUCCGCCGUCUGCAAAAUCCUUCUCUCUCCCUCCCCCUCUCUCUCUCUCUCUCGAUGUCGAAUUUCUCCGAAAUGGACGGUUUUGCCCCUACAGACAUCUCAAAUUCCCUUCCAUACCCUCUUCCCGACACGGGAAGGGUCUAUCUCGUCCCUUACAGAUGGUUGAAAGAAGCACAGGAAUCAUCUGUUGGUGACACGGAAGAGGAAAAAGGCAUUCUAUACAUGGCAACAUCUAUCUCUUCUUAUGCUAGUCCCAUGCAAUUGAACAUCUCUACCCCAGAUCUCCUUUUUAAUUUAAGGCGAGAGGAGGAUUUCGAGCAGACCAAAAACUCUGGAGAUGAGGUUUCGGGUAGUGAUUAUGCUUUAAUUUCAGAGGACGUGUGGCUGCAAACUCUCAGAUGUUUCGUCCUUUUUUAACUUCAGGCAUAAUGAUUCAAAUGCGGCAACAAGGAGUAUUGGGAACCUUUCUGUUGCCAAAGAUGGUAUGGCAGAUGUUUAUCCUUUACAAUUCAGGCUUUCUUUUAUGCCGGAAGGAAAUCAGUUGACACUAAAGAUAAGCAAAAAGGAUAAUGCGGUAAACUUUUACAAAAGAGCCUGCAAUAUUUUCAGUGCUGAAUCUGAGCCAAUACGCAUUUGGGAUUUCUCUGGGCAGACAAAUCUGUAUUUUGUUAAUGAGCAGAAUAGAACUUCUAAGGAUUGUCAGCACCAAUCAGAUCAAGAGAUUCUUUUGGAGUUGCAAGUCUAUGGGUUCUCGGAUACCAUGAAGUGCAUACGUGCAGGAAAGAAAGAUGAACUGGAAAUGCAGCAAUCUAAGACAGAAGUUUCCUCAUUUCUCGGAUCAAUUGUGAGCAACGACUCCACAGGAAAUAUUGGUUCUGGUCACUUUCUUACCAACUCCCCAGCCUUGAUCGGAAGCUCUGGAGGAAUUGGUUCUUUGGGCUUGACAGGGUUACAGAAUCUUGGAAAUACUUGCUUCAUGAAUAGUGCGAUCCAGUGUCUGGCGCAUACGCCAAAGCUUGUUGAAUAUUUCCUUGGGGACUACAGUGAAGAAAUAAAUCAGGAGAAUCCAUUGGGCAUGAAUGGUGAGCUGGCUUUAGCAUUCGGAGAUUUAUUAAGGAAGUUAUGGGCUCCUGGAAGAACUCCGGUGACUCCGCGAUUGUUUAAAACGACACUUGCUCAUUUCGCCCCUCAGUUCAGUGGCUUUAACCAGCAUGAUUCACAAGAGCUUCUUGCUUUCUUGUUGGAUGGACUCCAUGAAGACCUGAAUCGUGUACAAUGCAAGCCUUAUAUAGAAGCUAAGGAUUCUGAUGGCCGUCCAGAUGAAGAAGUGGGUAACGAGUACUGGGCGAAUCACCUGGCUCGCAAUGACUCCAUCAUAGUUGAUUUAUACCAAGGACAGUACAGGUCGACAUUAGUAUGUCCUGUUUGUGGAAAAAUCUCUGUUACAUUUGAUCCAUUCAUGUACUUGUCACUGCCUCUACCUUCAACAACCAUGCGGACAAUGACUGUAACAGUCAUCAGCACUGAUGGCAGUGCUCAGCCAUCUCCAUAUAUCAUAACCGUGCCCAAGAACGGAAAGUGCAAGGAUCUGAUUCAGGCCCUAAGCAGUGCUUGUUCUUUAAGGAGCAAUGAGAGCCUCCUAGUGGCUGAGAUUUACUCUAAUCGAAUUAUUCGUUACUUAGAGGAGCCAUCUGAUUCACUAUAUCUGAUAAGAGAUGAUGACCGGCUUGCUGCAUACAGGUUGCCAAAUGAUCUCGAUGAAUUCCCAUUGGUUGUCUUCAUGCAUCAGCACAUGGAAGAGCAUUACAUCCAUGGUAGCAUCACAUCAUGUUGGAAGCCAUUUGGAAUACCGCUCGUAACAAGGCUAUGUAACAUUAUUAUUGGAUCUGAUAUUCACAACCUGUUUCUGAAUUUAUUAAAUCCAUACCUAAGACCCAAAGAAGCUUCCUUCAACGACCAAGACAACAAUAUAAGCGAUAGGAAUGGUGAAGAUCUUGAGAUGGAUGACGCCACUAAUGCUUCUAUUUCAGGUGUCGAGAAUCGUUCCAGUGAAUCAGGGGAUGACCCAUGCCCUGAGAUUGAAUUUGAGUUCUACCUAACUGAUGAGAAGGGCAUAACAAAAAAUUACAAGAUAGAAAAGAACCAGCCAGUUUCAGUAAUUGAGUUGGGCAGACAGUUGUAUCUUCUUGUGUUGUGGCCAGAUAAAACAAUCAGCCAGUACGAUACACGCCUUCUCAAUUCAUUACCUCAGAUUUUCAAGCUUGGGUUCUCUGCUAAGAGGCUUCAGGAGUCUGUUUCUCUUUAUGCCUGCCUUGAAGCCUUCCUAAAGGAGGAGCCAUUGGGACCAGAAGACAUGUGGUACUGUCCUAACUGCAAGAAGCAUCGACAGGCUAGCAAGAAAUUGGAUCUUUGGAGGCUGCCAGAGAUUCUCGUCAUCCAUCUGAAGAGAUUUUCAUAUAGCCACUUCAUGAAGAACAAGCUGGAGACAUCUGUAGACUUCCCUACUCAUGAUCUCGACUUGUCAGCCUAUAUUGCUCGUAAGCAUGGGCAGAUGCCAAACCAUUAUGCUCUGUAUGCCGUAAGUAAUCACUAUGGGGGAUUGGGAGGUGGUCAUUAUACGGCAUAUGUCCAUCAUCAAGGGGAUAACCAGUGGUACGAAUUCGAUGAUAGCCAUGUCUUUCCCGUUACUGAGGACAAGAUAAAGACAUCAGCCGCUUAUGUUCUUUUCUACAGGAGAAUCAGAACCAGCAACUCAAAUACAUGAGUCAUACCAACAGCGUAAGAUCUACCAGUGGACGCCUUCAAAAGCUGAAGUUAUUACCCGUUUUGGAGGAGCGGCAUUAUAUGAUCCCGGACCCAAGGGAGUGGCUGAUUUACUCAUCAUGUGUUCAGUUUGUACAGUUGCAGCCAAUGGUUCAGGCAUUCAGACCAUUGGCCUGAUAGGUCCCCCCCCCCCCCUUGGACAGAUUGGGUCAUGCCCUGAAGGGCUUCUCAAAUAGGGCAAUCCAAAUUUGUGAAUACAAACAGAAAUUUUAAUAGAGAAUUAUAGAAAGCUUCCAUAUUCAAUUGAAAAAAGACCCAAGAUUGGUGUCUAGGAUCAUCCAAUCUUGGUUAUUAGAUUGGUUAUUUUUGGGUCAUGGUCCGCCAAUCAUGUGGCCCGACAGACCAACACUGUCUGAAUCCUGGGCAGCUCUUGUAUAAACUGAAAACCAAGCAGAGUACAUAUCCUUAGGCUGAGGAUUAUAUAGUUCCUCAUGGGAGGAAGAGAGAAUCACCAUGUAAGUUAUUUAACUGCCCUCGUGUAUUCAUCUAAAAAAAAAAGUCAUUUUAUUGCCGUUUUCUAGAUUGGGCCACCUUAGUUGAAGAAACCAAGUAUCAGAGAGCAAUCAAAAGGUAAGGUUCUUACCAUAUGCGCAGUCUGGUUCAACUUAUGGAGCCCUGCUAAUGGCACUGGUGUGAGCUAGACCGUGAAGGAGUCUUGUAGCAGGUGCCAACAUGACAUGCAAAAAUCAUGCCAUUUAUCAUGUGACAACAACCAUAAUAAUGCCCUAGUCGAAAUAUCCUGCAUUCCAUUCUUCAAUUGCACUGCACUUGUACAAGAAACAUGGAUGGCUACCAAAAAAAAAAGAAGACCCAAAGGCUCCAUUCAACAUACACUUGUGGCCUACCAGGAGUGAAUCGGCCUGAUUCUGGGGUCAGGGCUGUUCUUGAUAGGGCCCACCUGACAAAAGGCCCUGAUCCCUCACAUGUGCCACUUUGGCAAUGUGGCAAGGGGUGUUCACCUGUUCCACAUGUUGCUUGAGGUGUGUUUGAAUUAAGCUUCCACUUGUGCCCUUUCAAGGGAUGCUAGUGUUUCCUAUCAACUUUAUUGCUUGAUUAUUUAGUUGAAUUAUUUAAAAAGAGAAAAAAAUAAAAGAAAAGAAAAGAAGGAAAAAAAAAAAAA